AUGUUCAAACCUUCGUCACCAUUAUUCUCGGGUCUUCUAUGGAAAAUCCCAUGGCGCAUCUCACAGCCCCAGAAAACCCGCCAACGCAAGCGUCUGCGCGCUGUUGACCGCGUAGUCGACACCCUUAGUACAGCUCUUCGCCGAAACGGCGAGUCCACAAAAGCAAUCGACAGAUGGCACAAGGAAAUGCCGCGAGAGGAGGAGAUGCUACCACGAGACAAAUACACCCUUUUCGACAAGAAGGAGAAGACGUACCGCAAGGGCAUUCAUAAACUACCAAAAUGGACGAGAGUCAGCCAGCGGGUCAACCCCCCGGGUUUCUAA